CAACUAUAUGAUUUAAUUAAGUAAUAAAUGACAAUUAGUUAUAUAUUUUUUCAUUCAUUAGUUAUAUGUAAUGCUUAUAUUAUAUUUUUUUUCUUUUUUUUUAGGUUUAAACACAUUAUGCAUAGUUGGAUCACUUUCAAAAAUGUUAUGUACAUAACUAAGAUAAAAAUCAAUCAUUUCAUGCAUUUCAAAUCAUCUAUUAUAUUCAUUAUUAUAUACCAUAAUUGUCGACAGAAUUCUUAUGAUUAAUGAGCCGAACCCUGUGUUAGUAGAAAUGAGGAUAAAGGAAGAAACUUUCUAGUGGGCUAGAGAUCCAAGAUUCAUUCUUUAGGCUUCUUAUGUAUUUUGGGCCUAAUGAGCCCAAGAGGCCGGAAUACUUUCUUUCUUUGAAUCCACCCAUUCCGAAAUCCCACCGGCCACCCUGGGACUCGCCGGAGGAACAGAGGAAAGACUACUGGCGGCGCCACUUGAAUCUCAAAGCAUGCUUCUGUCUCUGGUUAGUUCUUUCUUUCUUGCUUCCCUCUUUGCUUCUGCCUCAGGUUCGAAAUUGAAAUCCGGCCGGUGUAAUUAUUGGGUGUGUACGGAUGGCUAGGGGUUCUCAGACCAAGAAGCAGAAGUCGCAGUUCGACAGGUGCCGGCAGAGAGCUUCCAGAGUGGUAAGACUGGUAGCUUAUUUUUGCGAAACCCAUGUUGCUAAUUAUAGCAUGGAUUCCCAAAAGAAGUCAUGCUGAAAGCUUUGCUCCACAACCAGAAUCGUGAGAUGCUUGGGAACAGUCUGACUUCAAAGUUUAGAACUUUAGUUUUAUCUACUGAGAAACCAGGCCUCUCUUUUAUUAAUAUCAAGCAUCAACACCAUCUCUGCACGUUUCUCCAGCCUUCUCCCUGCUCCAGUUUGUUUGUGGCGCGAGACUCUACUGCCAUAGCCGAAGCCCUGUCCUUCUCUGUGAACUCUAGAUCAUCAACUCUGGGGACCCAAAUCCAUGGUUAUGUUGUCAAGCUUGGUUUGAGUAACGAUGUUUUCACCCAAAACAAUCUGAUCAGGAUGUACUCAAAACGUGACCGUCUGCCUGAUGGAUGUAAGGUGUUUGAUGACAUGCCUCACAGAAAUAUUGUUUCUUGGGCUUUGCUCAUAUCUGGUGCUGUUCAGAGUUGCGAACCUGAGUUGGGGUUAGAGACGUACUUGGAUAUGGCAAGAACUGGUCUGAUGCCAAAUGAGUUUGUUCUUGGUAGUGUUAUGAAGGGGUGUGUUUCUAUGGAAGCUGGAGGCUUUGGUUUAUCUAUUCAUUGUUGGGCGCUGAAAACUGGAUUGGCAACAAAUCCAUAUGUCGGCAGCUCAACUUUGAGUUUCUAUUGUAAAAUGGAGGAUAUUGAAGCUGCAGAUAGAGUUUUCAUGUCUAUGGACAAAGUAGAUGUCGGUUGUUGGAAUGCUAUCCUCGGUGGUUAUGCCCAAUUGGGGCUUGGCAGUGAAGCGCUGAGCAUAGCAUCAUCAAUGCGAUGUCAAGGACUAAAGUUUGACAAAUACACCUUCGUUAGUUCUCUUCAAGGAAGCUCAGUGGAGUCAGAUUUGCAUUUUGGGCGGCAGAUUCAUGGACUGAUUCUCAGAACUGAAGAAGAUUAUUGUACAUCUGUAAUGAACGCUCUUAUGGACAUGUACACAAAGAAUGGCAGGGUAGAUUGUGCCAUGAAAGUUUUCGGUACGAUGCUUGAUACGGAUAUUAUAACAUGGAAUACUGCAUUCGGUUGCCUUGCUCAUUACAAAAAUUCUAAGAAACUCGCAAAAUUCUUCCACAGUUUUAUGUUGAGUAGCAUAAGUCCCAAUCAUAUUACAUUUUCGUUAUUAUUUAGGCAAUGCGGGGAGCUAGUGGAUGUGAAUCUUGGUCUUCAGUUUUGUUCUCUUGCAGUCCACUUUGGAUUCUUUGAUGAAGCAAUCGUAAUCUCUUCUCUUGUCAAUAUGUUCUCUUGGUGUGGCUUGAUGCAAAUGGCAAGUCUUGUGGCUGACGGCAGCUCUUGCAAAGAUAUAGUUAUUUGGAAUGAGUUAAUCUCCGGCCAUAACUUGAACAAUCAUGUCAUGGAAGCUCUGCAAACAUUCCGUAACUUGGUACUGGUAAGGGUCCAAGCUGAUGAAUACACCUAUUCACGCAUUCUGGAAACCUGCUGCAAAUAUGGCUGCCAGAAAAUAGUUCAACAGAUCCAUGGAGCUGUGAUGAAAUCUGGAUUUGAUUCUCAUGGACACUGUUGUAGUUCUCUGAUUAAAGGCUAUGCUAAAUUGGAUCUGUUUCAUGAUUCUUCCAAAUUUUUUGACGGGAGUGACAGAAGAAUCGAUUUAGCUGCUUGGGGAACCAUGAUAUCAGCAUUGUUAAAUCAAGGCCAUGAACAAGAAGCCAUCAGAUUUUUCAAAUCUCUAUUAGAAUCUGGUAGGAAACCUGAUGAGUUUAUUCUGGGUAGUAUUCUAGGCAGUUGUGGUAGUAGCGGCCCUUAUUCUAGGGUCAAUGCUGCCCAUGCUUUUGUCACCAAAUUAGGUUAUGAUGAAUACAACUUUGUGGCUAGUGCAAUGCUAGAUGCAUAUGCAAAAUAUGGAGACAUCAAAAGUGCAAGAACUGUUUUUGACCAAUCAUCAAGAUUUCAUGAUGUCGUCCUCUACAAUGCUAUGAUCAUGGGUUAUGCCCAUCACGGUCUAGGCUUAGAAGCUCUAGAUAUGUUUGAGAAGAUGAAGGAAGUUAAGCCCAACCAAGCUACGUUUGUGUCGAUCAUAUCAGCAUGUGGUCAUUUGGGUUUGGUCGACAAAGGGUGCCUUUUGUUUGAAUCGAUGAUGUCAGAACAUGAUCUUGAACCUUCUCCUAAUAAUUAUGGUUGCUUGGUGGACAUGUUUUCCCGAAAUGGACACCUUGAAGAUGCUAAGCGGAUAAUCGAAACAAUGCAGUUUCCUCCAUGGCCUGCUAUCUUGAGAUCUCUGCUGAGUGGUUGCAGGAUAUAUGGGAACAAGGAGUUGGGAGAAUGGGCAGCUGCAAAGUUGAUUCAUUUGGUUCCCGAGAAUGAUGCUACUUAUGCUUUGAGGUUUAAGAUUCAUUCUGAGAGUGGUAACUGGGAAGAUGCAGCGAAUAUCAGCAGAGCAAUCUCUGAGAUGGACAGCAAAAAGACUGUGGGCCAGAGUUGGUUGGAUUGAGGGAACCACUGCUAGCACUCCUGAGGCUUGAUCCGAAACAAAUAUAAGGUUUCCAGGAGCUCUGCCAAGUAGAUUUAUUACUGCACUGAUUAGAGCUUAAACUCAUUCAUUAGCAGUGGAAGUUCAGUAAUAUCGAAAGGUAAAAGACUUUAUGAUGCUUUAACGUAUUCCUACUAGAUGUCUGCUGCUAGUCCUUUACUCUUCUUUAUAGGGGGGAAAACAUUUCUCUCAGAUUUCAAGACUCUCCAAUGAAGUGUGAACCAGUAAUACAGCAUCCACCCCCCAGUCUCCUUCUCACCUGUCAGCUUCUCGUUGAAUUCAAUUACUCGAAAAUCUCCCAUAAUCCAUCAAUCCAAUUCAAUUGCUCUAUUUUUCUGGAGCUCUGUAAUAAUGAAAUAACAAAAAACUCUUCAGAUGUUCCAUUCAUUAUUCAUCUAUGCAAGCCUUCUAUGUGUGAGUUUUUGUAGAAAGUGAAAACUGACAAUUAAUACUCUUCCUUGUG